AUGGCGACGUCGACAGACUUUCCGUUAGAAGGACUUACAGGAAGGCCUAUCGAUUAUGAAGAUGCCACUUGGAUUCUCACUAGUGCCUUUAUUGUCUUUACCAUGCAGUCAGGGUUUGGACUCAUUGAAUCGGGUAAGUAGUGUAUUCAUCAGGCACAACGAAUUAUUGAAACUGUUAAGAGAAACCUUGACAAAUUUGUUAUGUAGAGCUAAAAAGAAGAGAUAGAAAACAAUCUUGAAUAAUUUGAGAUAUUUCUCUGUUUAUCAGAGUUUCCAUUUUUGCAAUGCAUGCGGGGUAUCUAAACAAAUACUUGCCAAUCCUCUUUUUUUUCUCGGAUCAGAAAAAGGGGUAAGCUAGGACCAUUCAGUUUAUACAACAUGGUCAAUAUAAAACUCUCACGCAUUCGGAAAAUCGGGUUUUGCCUCGAGGUAAGGUUUCGCAUUCAACAAUAAUAAACAAAAAAGGUCAAUAUUCGAACCAAUGAUCCAACUAAGGUAACAACAAACUUACAGGUCAAAGACAUUUUAGAUAUGUCGAUGUAGUAUGACGACCAUUCGAGCUUAUGCUGAAGAGCUUUUCCUUCAUAGCAUUCGGUGAAGAGGGGUGUGGGUAGGGGGCUCAGGUUUUUGGUUCGUCUCCAUGUCUGUCGAGAAUGUUGCAUGCUUAUAUUGUUUGUUGCCCAAAACUGUUUCCGUCCUGUCACAAGCAAAUCUAAGGUAUAUACUUUUAUACACAACGAAAAGUCACAGGUAUAAAUUGUUUAUGCUCUUUUUCAGGAAUGGUUACGAUAAAAAACGAGACAAACAUAAUGGUCAAGAACGCCAUUGAUAUUAUCUUUAGUGGUCUAUCUUUCUGGUUAUUUGGUUUCGGAUUAAGCUUUGGAGUAGACGAAGGUACGAACGCCUUCGCAGGGGUCGGAUAUUUCCUCACAGAAGUACCUAUCGACAAAGGAGAAGUUUAUGCCAUGUACUUCUUCCAAAUGGCACUGGCUUCCACAGCGACCACAAUUGUGUCCGGAUCUAUGGCCGAACGAACGAAUCUCAAGGCUUACAUGCUGUAUUCCUUCGUGAGCACGCUGUCAACGUGUUUUCCAACUCACUGGAUCUGGGGCAAGAAGGGACUUCUCAAGGAACUUGGUGUCAUCGACAUCGCCGGUUGCUCUGGAGUGCAUUUAGUCGGAGGAGCCGCAGGACUCGCUGCUGCAGUCAUGUUAGGGCCUAGAUUAGGUCGUUUUGAUGACAACAAGAAAAGGCUCCAGCCUUGUUCCAUGACUAAUGUGCUGUUAGGAACGUUCAUGUUGUGGUGGGGCUGGCUGGGGUUUAACUGUGGCAGCACCUUUGGUAUCACUGGAGGUAAGAAGUGUAAUGACUGAUCUGGGCUUGAGUUUUUUUAAGUCUCAAUCUUUAUUUUGCUCAGUUUGCCGUUGCUUUAUUUGUAGAAAAAUGGAAGUUAGCCGCUCGUGCAGCAGUUGUCACAUUAAAUGGUUCAAUCGGUGGAGGUAUCGUCGCAAUCGCUUACAGUUACCUCCAAGAUGCAGAAACAUUAGACGUUCCAACAUUCGUAACUGGAAUCCGUGGCGGUCUGGUGUCAGUUACAGGUAUAUGUGCUCUUGCCCGACCAUGGGAAGGAAUUUUGAUUGGACUGUUUGGUGGAAUGUUCGCCUGCUUAUUGUCUGACGCCAUGAUUAAACUUAAGAUUGAUGAUCCGGUCAACUGCGUUGCCACCCAUGCCGGAGCAGCAGUCUGGGGUAUGAUUGCUGUGGCUCUAUUUGCUGAACAAGAGGAAAACGAAGGAUUCUCAGAGGAAAAGGGCCUAUUUAAAGUGAGUUUUAUGCAAUUGACACAGCUGGCAAAGAUUGCAGCGACAUUUAUGAUUGCAGCGACAUUUAUAAUUGCAACUAGACAGGACAGGCAUGGUUUGUGAUUUUAAAUCAGUGUGCCCUCGCGUUUUUUUUCUUCAUGUAUUAUUUGUAACCAAGUAUUCGAUUUCCUUAGUAAUAAUAAUAACAGUAGAAUAAUAAUCGUAACAGUCUUUAUUUUUACUUUUUGGGUUCCUCGAUUUUUAAUUCAUUACCUUAAACUACACUGUUAGUUUGGAGUUGUAGUACAAGGUGAAUUUAUCGGGAGUCGGCGGUGGAGAUAUGAAAGUCUGGCAAGGAUCUUCGAUGUAGUCUGGGCGUGGAGGGCCAUCAAAACAAACACAUCUAAUCAAAAAAAAAUUCAUGACUAUAAUUAUGAAACACAAAUACAAAUGACAUCAACUAAAAUAGAUACUUUUCAUAACGAGCACGGGUCAAAAAAAUCUGAUUUUCUCGCCUUUGCAAAUGAAAACAAACCAAAAACUGAGCGAGUUAAAAUACUUUCGCGGUUCUUAUUUACCUGACCCCCCCUCUGAUCUGGCGGAAAAUUUUUUAUAAUUCUCCCUUUAUAUUCUGUUGACGACGAUUACCCCAGAAAUCCUCUGAACCCCUACCUCCCCCCUCUUUUGUAGUUACUAUCCUAUAUAUAUUUUAAUGAUUUCUUAGUUUUUAAUUCUUAAUCAGCAGGACCCAGUUGAUAACAGUACUUUUGUAUUGAAGAAGUAUCCUGGAUAAAUAUUUCGACGAUUAUUAUUAUUAUUAUUAUUAUUAUUAUUAUUAUUAUUAUUAUUAUUAUUAUGGAGUGCAAUUGACGGUUGAGAAAUAAGUUAAAGGUGCAGUGUCGUGGAUUUAACAUGUAUCCCUUGAUUCUACAUUCACCCUCUCCUGUCUCGGUUGUCACCAAGUUAUUUUUAUUGCGGAAAGAAAAUAUAUGCUAACUAGAGACAUAAUUGUUUCUUGAAGGGAGGCAGCUGGCGACUGCUUGGUGUCCAGUUGCUUGCAUGUCUUGUAACAGCAGCUUGGGCAGUCGUGACGACAGUUAUUCAACUUUUUCUGAUCGAGAAGACAAUUGGAAUACGACUUACGCGGGAGGAAGAGUUACAGGGAUGCGACUUUGUAGAGCAUGGAAUCGGGGAAGAAACUGGGGACGAGAAAAAAGGUGAGGAGGCCCCACAGCUGGAGAGCUCCAGCGCACCGAACCGUCUUGUAUCUGCUCAACGGAGAAAUGUAACUGAAAGGGAACAGAGUCAGGGAAAAGAUCAAGCUUCAAAAAAUUCCAGCCAGAAUCGUAUAUUUAGUUCCACAGAUAUAGGAAAAGACAACGAGGGCUCACGAAAUUCGAACGAACUGCCAUCGAUGUGCAGUAUCGAGUCGGAUAUUGAGGAACUUCUGAGGCAAGAAUCAUGUUAUCCUAUGAUUAAACAAAAGGGUACCUUAGACAAAUGUGUACAAGUUAUCUGCGAACAUGGUGUGUUGAUUGAACUGUAA